AUGAACUCAGAAGAGCGACCCACAUUGCGCUGGGGGAUCGUAGCCACAGGCUUGAUCUCGUCGUGGUUUGUUGUCGACUUGACCAUCGCGCGAAAAGACGCUAGAGCGAACCACGUCAUUCAAGCCAUCGGCUCAUCCUCUCUUGAAAAAGGCAAAGCGUUUGUUGCGCAGCACCUCCCAAAUCUUCCUCUGGCACCAAGCGUGUACGGAAGCUAUGAAGAAGUUUACGCCGACCCUAACGUGGACGUUGUGUACAUCGGCACACCGCACGCCUUCCAUAAAAAAAACUGCUUAGAUGCUAUUCAACACGGAAAGAACAUCCUCUGCGAGAAGUCGUUUACAUUGAAUGCUUUGGAGGCGAAGGAGGUGUUCGAUGCUGCCAAAGCCAAGGGCGUCUUCAUCAUGGAAGCAAUGUGGACACGAUUUUUCCCAUUGGUUAAAAGCGUUCAAAAGCUCGUUCACGAAGACAAAGCCAUCGGGCGAGUACAUCGCGUGAUGUGCGACUUUGCGAUGGACCAAGGCCUCGAUUCUAAAGGUCCUGAGUCUCGGUUGAAGAAUCUUUCUUUGGGAGCGAGCUCGCUGCUCGACAUUGGUAUCUACUCUCUGACUUGGGCCAUUAUCGGACUUGAGCAGCCUCUAGGUGGUGAACACAAAGUAGCACAUGAGACACCCAAGAUAUUGUCCACGUCAACGCUCUCGGAUGGCGUGGAUGUUGCAACGUCCAUGAUCCUGCAGUAUUUAGAUGGGCGUCAAGGCAUAGCUACCUCGCAUUCCGGUGCAGGGAUGCAGUCACCACCCAGCUUUUGCAGAAUUGAGGGUAGUGAGGGUACGAUUAUAGUGUACGGGUGGGUAGCUUCGGUGCCGAGCUCAUUCGUACUACAGAGGCGCGGCAGGGAAGAUGCGAAGUUCGAGUUCGAGAGACCUGGAAAGGGCUUAUAUUGGGAAGCUGAUUCUGUAGUUCUUGACAUCGUUGCUGGACGUCACGAAAGCGAGACGAUGCCCUGGGCAGAGACGAUACGUGUACUGGAGCUCAUGGACAGCGUAAGAAGGCAAGGUGGCGUCAUUUUUCCGCAAGAUACCUAG